AUGCCUUUUUGGCCUUUUUCGGAUCCCACUCCCUCGAAUAAUGAGGAUGAGCUGCCCUGGAACGCAGCGAUUAUCCCGUGCUUGCAGGUCAAGGAGGUUUUCCGCACUGUCGUUAUUCUGCCUGAUCCUGAAUUCAUGAAGUACAAGGAUCCCGCAGGGACUCACUACAUGACCCAAUUCACCCGGCUCAAGUAUUUCUUGGAUGCUAAGCUCCUUGACGAGAAUUGCCGAGCGUGGAAGGAGUUGCAGGAAACUGAUCCUGGCUUCAAAAAGAUUCAAAUCAUUCAUAUGUGGUUUGAUAACUAUAGAAAGGAAGGAGGGAACAUUCCGAAUGAGGUGGGGCCAGUUACGUUUCCCGAAGAGUGGAAAGAUGAAGACUUCUUCCUUAACUGGUUUCUGGACACGUUGGAGAGGGCCACUCACGUCAUCGUGGAAACAAAUCACGUGAAAGAUUGGCACCGCUUCAAGGAAGAGCACAAGGCUCGUUUGAUGAAGGAGCAGCGCACGGCCGAACAGGAUGCCCAGUAUGAGAAGGACAAGGCCGAGUUCAAAGCCAGCUGGGAGGGGGUGAAGCAGGCGGUCAAGGACGAAUGGAAUGCGUUCUUUCUUGAGCGGAAGCGGGAACAGGCGGCCAAGGAGCUCGAGAAAGAUAAGAAGAGGCAGGAGGAGCAGAUCCUGAAGGAGGUCAGGAGCGAAAGAAGGCUGGACAAAAUGGAGAACUACUAG